GCUUCGCCCCGCCCCGCCCCGCCCCCUACGUCCUCUAUCGCGCGCGCACGCUGCAUCCCGUCGUACGCUACAGUAAUGGCGGCUCCGGUCGCUCCUCUCGAUGAAGACUGGGCGGAUUUUAACGAAUUCAAAGUAGCCGAUUCGCACACUAGCUGGACCGCGGCACCGGAUAAUUCACCGCAGAUCCUAAACUCCGCAUCUUUCGACGAGACGCUGAGCGCGAGCUUCCCUUCCUCACGCAGCGCGUGCACGAGCGUCUCAGUGAGUGAGUCCGAGUUGCUGCGCGACGACGAGAUAUGGAACACUUUGACGGAGAACUACGGCAAUGUGAUGCCAGUGGACUGGAAAACAUCUCACACUCGUUCACUUCACCUGCCCACGCUGAACAUCAGACCUCAGGAGAGGGUGGAGGUCAAUAAUCUUGACGAGUCUGAUGACGAGGAGCUCAGAGAUCAGAUGGACAUGCACACCAUCAUCAUCUCAUGUGUGAACGAGGAGCCGCUGUUUACUGCAGAACAGGUCAUAGAAGAGAUUGAAGAGAUCAUGCAACAGUCUCCAGACGACGAGGAAUACGAGAGUCCGUCUCAGUUUGACCUCUCCUUGAUGUCACAUGAGUUACAUGUGCUCACACAAUCCACAUCCAGAAGCAGCUGCGAGGAGCGGUUGCGUGGUCUGUGCGUGUCUGAGCUGCUGGAGCGUCUGGAGGAAGUGGAGCGACAGAUCCGUGGUUUCUCCGAGGAGCUGAUCUAUCAGCUGGCAGUGAGGGAGGAGCUGGACUAUGAGAAGGAGGUGAAGAACACAUUCAUCUCGGCGCUCAUCGACGUGCAGAACAGACAGAAAGAACAUCGAGAGCUGCUGAAGAAAAAGAGGAAGAUAAAGGCCACAGGCGGCAAUCAGAUAUCCAACCGCUCACAUGUGCCAGGAACCUAUUUGACGACGGUGAUCCCGUAUGACAGGAGCAGCGGAGCGCCGUCUGUAGAAGACCUGCAGAUCCUGACCAAGAUUCUUCAUGCCAUGCGAGAGGACAGUGACACAGUUCCUGCUCUUCUGACCAGCUACAUCCUCAAAGUGUUGUGUCCCACAUAGUGUUUCUGGAGCUGAAACGAGCAAAUCUCAUCGAUUCGCCGGAUGUCCGAUCAUCUGCAUCUCUCCAGAUGAAGUUCUUCUCUGAUCUUGCACAGAAUUGACCCGCCAGUGGCAUUUAUUUCUCAGUUUUGUUAUGUGUAGAUGUUAUUGUGUGUUUGAGCAUGAGUGCAUUAUUUAGUUUAUUUCUUAAUGCAAUUCACAUUUCACUUACUAUCAGAUUCUCGCUAUUAUCACAGUGCAGCUGCUGUAACUCAUGCACGUUUGCAUCAUAUUUGGUUUGUUUUAGUGCGGAUCUAGAUGCAAGUUUCCCUCUUUUGAUAUUUCCAUCAAAUUAAAUUAGAUUUCAGGGAGUCGCAAGCUGCUAAUGGCUAAAAAUGAUAGAAAUUAAUGGAUUUCAGUGAUUUGAU